CCCAACACAGCUCUCUCAUCGCCGUUUGUUUUCCUGCUUUCUCGGGUAUGAUUCUAACGCUAAAUCCAGUUGCCCGAGAAAGCAAUGGCGAGCAUCAUAAACCCUCAGUCGUUUUUAUUAUUCUAGGCAUCAUCGCAUUUGGCCUUGUGCUGCUCGCACCCUUUAUUCUCUGCAGAAGGGGAUGUCACAGGCCAGAGCCCUAUCAACUUGGGGUCCCGGUGCCGCAAAGGGCAGGCAGAAUAUGCCUCACUCCGCACGCUUUGAGCUUGAUGCCGAUAACUUGCUAUCGAGAGACAGAAGCGGUUAGAGCUGAUACUUCGAAGCAAGUCGUCAACCCCCUGGGACAAACGAGCCUGCCAAGCUGUCUCAUCUGCAUCAGUGAGUUUAGACAAGGUGCCCAGGCUCGCUCGUUACCAUGCGGUCAUCGCUUCCAUCCCAGAUGUAUUGACCCAUGGCUACUGGAGCGGUCGAUAAACUGCCCAGUUUGUCGUGCAAAUGUUGCAGACGCUCUUGUCUAUAAACCCGCAUGUGAUCUACCCCCAGCACCUCGUCGAAUACUCAGCCGUAGACCAAUAGUUAAGUUCACACUUCUCACUGGAUUAUUGUGCAACCUAACAGAACACUAGGCUAUCUCGGAGCUUCUUCCCAUCGCAAGAAUUCCAACUAUUCAGUCUCGCGGCCCAGGUACUGCCGUUCCUGCUCGGCCGCUUCAACUUCAGGAACCACCGCUGCCGGUGACGUUGGAGGCCUCGUGUCAAAUUGGCUCCUCGGGUCGUUAGAAUACGAAACAAAAGGUUUUGGGUUGGGGAUGCUCCAUAAUCUACAACAGGCAAAACAGGGACAUUAUUCUUUCUUGUUUGCUAAAACGUACAACAGUUUUUCGAAUUUAACUUUUCUUUUACAUCACCAUAACCUUCCCAUUCUAUGAAG